AUUUUCAUUAGUAUCGUCCCUAAAGGGGGGGGCAGUGCCGAUCGAUCGAGAUCGACCCUCGACACCCGACACCUCCUCGAUCCAAUUACAUGCAAAUCUUCAUACAACCUCACUCAUCCUCUCGACCACAGCGGGUCACCCAUCAACUCAAGCUCGAGUGUAUACCAACCCGGUUCUCUCACACAAGCUAGCGAGUGAUCUCCAAGCAAGUCCGUCCAUCCGAACCUGAUCUCUGAUCUUUCGGCGAUCGUAUGCGUAUGACACCCCGUCCGUCGAUCGCGAUCUACCGAAAACCAACUAUCGCACAAUAUAUAUUAUAAUACCCACCACCGCUUCCACUCGGCUCGACUCACCACUCACCGAACAAGCAAGGUAUUCGAUCUAGAAUCCAAGCAGAAUAAAUCGACCUGAACCAUGACCCGACCACAACCACAACCACAAUCUCGAUCCGCAACGGGUUCGAGGAAAAAACGAGUCCUCAUCAUCGGAGCCGGCCCAGUGGGGUCGUUAACAGCCCUCAGUCUGGAUAAACGGGGGUGGGAGGUGGAAGUCUGGGAGGGGAGGACGGACCCCCGCGAAGAAUCCUCCCACCCCCAAGCUCUCCGCUCGAUCAACCUAGCCAUCUCGGCCCGUGGGAUAACCGCCUUAAAGUCCGUCGACGAGGGUCUGGCAGAGGGGUUGGUGGGGGAGGCGAUUCCUAUGAGGGGGAGGAUGAUACAUCAUAAACAUAAACACACGGGUAUCGGUUCGAAAGGCAGUAAAGAGGACGGGAGGAGGAAGGAGGAGGUGAGGAGGGAGGCGCAGGCUUAUGAUCCGAAAGGAGGAGAGUGCAUAAACUCCCUCCCCCGCCCACUCCUCAACCUCCGUCUCAUCCAAGCCUUGCCCCCCUCCAUAACCUUGCACUUUAGCACCAAACUCUCUCACAUCUCCUGGUCCGACUCUACCGCCUAUGCCAAACCCAGCGAUUCGGACAAGAACGCCGGUGAAUCCGUACAGCCCAACGAAGACGAGCGCGACGACACCAACACGCGCAACAAGGAGGCGAGGGGGAAGAAAUGCCAGUUCGAUCUGGUCGUCGGGUGUGAUGGGUCUUGGAGCAAGGUCAGGCAGGAGAUGAUGCGUGUGGAAAGGGUGGAUCUGGCUCAGAGGUAUAUCGAUCAUGAUUACGUCGAGUUGCAUAUGCCACCGAAGAGCGAGAGCGAGAGCGAGAGGGAGCGAGAGGGUAAAGGGGGAAAGCCGGCGAGGAAACAGGUCGGGGAGGGAGAGUUCUUGAUGGAAGAGAAUCACCUGCACAUCUGGCCCAGGGAAAAGUUUAUGCUCAUCGCGCUGCCUAACAAGGACGGCUCGUUCACCCUGACCCUCUUUUGCCCGAAAGACAAGCUCGCCGAAUUGGACCGCCGGGAAAAGGCCAAGGUGUUCUUCGAGGAACAUUUCCCCGACGCGCUCGAUUGGGCGGGGGAGGAGAGGUUGUUGAGCGAUUUCGAAAAGAACCCGAGGGGCGCUCUGGUCACUAUCAACGUAAAACCGUCACACCACUUGUCCCCCGCCUCUUCGGCCUCUGUCCUGCUCUUGGGCGACGCCUCGCACUCGAUGGUCCCCUUCUACGGCCAAGGUCUGAAUUGCGGGCUCGAGGACGUCAGGGUGUUCAACAGCUUGUUGCAAAAGUACGACGUCGGGAACGAGGCCGUCGAAGGGGAACGGGACGAGAGGUUGGUCCAGGCGUUGCGAGAGUAUUCAGAGGUCAGGAAUGGGGAUCUGGAGGCUAUCGUUCAGCUCGCUAUGGACAACUACACUGAGAUGAGGUCCAAGGUGGUCAGCCCGACAUACCACAUUCGUCGCGUGCUCGAUUCCGUCCUCUCAUACCUCAUGCCACCUACGUCGAAACGGCCGAUCUUGCAAGCCGAAAAAUCUCCCGCCAACUCGCCACCCAAGCUGUGUAAAGAGGCUUUCCCUACACCACGGGUCAGCGGAUGGAGUUCAUUGUACUCGAUGGUCACCUUCAGACCGGACGUGAGUUACAAGGAAGCUCUGAGGAAGGAACGUGCGCAGAAGGAGGUGGUUGCAGGUCUGGCUUGGGCGUUGGGCGGGACGGCGGGGGUGUUGGGAACAGCGGGUUUAGCUUGGGGUGCGCUGCAGGCCAAGAGGUAUCUGGAGAGGCGUUGAUCGAGGGUCGAGUAUAGAAGGACGCGAUGUAUGUUGAUCGUUUCAUGUCAUAGUUCCGAGAUGCCAUCAAGCAAGUUCGACGAGAGGGUUCACUUUAGGCUCUCUGGUCGUUCCGUCAUGAUAGAUGGAGGAUCUGGGAACGACAUGAAGACACAUGAAGACUCGGGUAUGAGAGCUGGCAACGCCAUGUUCGCACAGGUAAGAUUCAACUCAUGCUCGAAACCCUCUCGUUGCAAGGCACCAGCGGAUGUCGAAGUCGAUUCUCGUAGCCUUUCGACAGGC